CACAGCUCAAAAGAUUAUUUCCUAUGAGCCGGACACCAUCACCUAACAUCUCACAAUGUCUUGAAAACAGUUCAUAAUUUGUGUCCAGCUAAAUUUGAAAAAAAAAUAUGACGGGGAUUUUAAACAAACUUCACAUCUUGUGUGUUUUAUUAUUUAUAAUGUGUCAUUCUGAUGUUUCAAGGUUUUCGCUUGUGACUGCACAAGAGAAUGAUGAGUCACUGGAUGACAUGCUGUCAGAGGAUGCAGUGUCCGACUUGGAAAACAGCCCAAAGUUUGUGGAGUCAGAAGACCUGGACUCUCUGCCGAAGAGGCAGUUCAAGACAGCUGAGAUCGCAGAUGCUGUGAUGGGUACUGAAACUCCCAUUGAUCCAUCUGACAUCGAGUCCCUCUUCCCCAAAAAUGUGAAAGACUUCCAGUCAGGCUUCUCCCCGCCUUGUGAUGAGAACAGUGCCCAGUGUGGUUCACCUGCUCUGGCUGCUAAAGGAGCGUCUCUGGAGGAGAAGAGCUCUGAAUCAUCACAGCAGGUCACUCUUGACAUAGUGCAUGCAGACAUCACGCCAACUGAGGAGCAGAACGCCACAGAGGCCGCCAAAACGUACAAGGUGAACUGUGAUAAGAGGAACAUCACAGGAAUGGACAAUUUCACUGUGCAGGUCCUCAACGCUUCACAGGACCUGAUGGAGUUCCUGAAUGCUAACAGCACAGAGUGCUCUGUGGUGCUGUUCUUCACCGCCUGGUGCCAGUUCUCAGCCAGCCUGGCACCUCACUUCAACGCCCUGCCCCGAGUCUUUCCCAGCAUGCACUUCCUGGCACUGGAUGCCUCGCAGCACAGCAGCCUCUCCACGAGGUUUGGGACCGUGGCAGUGCCCAACAUCCUGCUGUUCCAGGGGGCCAAGCCCAUGGCUCGCUUCAACCACACUGACAGAACGCUGGAGACGCUGACCUCCUUCAUCGCUAACCAGACAGGGUUUGAAACCGUCCCCGACAGAAACGUGAUGGAUGAAGACCGUCUCGGUCCCCUCCCCAGCGUCCCGGUGAAGAGCAUCGACUGGCUGCUGGUCUUCUCUGUCCUCUUCAUCACGGGCUUCACUACGUACGCCAUCCUGCGAACAGAGAGCAUCCGCUGGCUCAUACCAGGACAGGAGCAUGAGCAUCAGGACUGAAAACACACACAGACUGCAAGUCAUUAGAUGUAAAUGAUUAUUUGAUAAACGAUUUAGUUUAUUAAAAUUAACAGUUGCUAAUUUGCUUAUGUUUCAAGUGUUUGAUGAGAAAAAUAAUGUAUGUGAGCCAUUGUGAUUUAUAAUAAAGAAUAUAAUGUUU